AUGUCUGGAGAACUGCUGCAAGGUGCAGUACUUCUGGAGCCUGGAGUUAUGGUUCCUGCGAGCCCCACCUCGGCGGCCCAGGAGGAUCCCGAGUCCCGGCAGGAAGAUUUAUUCCAGGAUGCAGAUCCGUGCAAUGAUCCAAGUUGUCAUACCUCGCCAGGUGCUACUGUAAACACUCUUGUGCCAGAAGGAAAAAUUUUUCCAAAGAUUAUCCAAACAAAUGAACUUUUGUUUUAUGAGAGAUUCAGAGCCUAUCAAGAUUACAUUUUAGCUGACUGUAAGGCAUCUGAGGUAAAGGAAUUCAUAGCCAGCUUUUUGGAAAAGGUCCUUGAGCCAUCUGGAUGGUGGGCAGUCUGGCACACUGAUGUGUUUGAGGUGCUUGUUGAGGUUACAAACGUGAACUUUUCAGCCUUGAAGGCAGUAGUGAGACUUGCAGAGCCAUGUGUUCAUGAAUCUAAGUUUAACCUUUUUACCUUGGAGAAUGUGAAGGAGUUUUUGGACCUGGAGGAGUCUCAGCUGCCUCUACAGGAGUUAUGGGUGGUGUCUGAUGACUCACAGGAAUCUCACCAGACGGCACUUGCAAUUGAGCAUGUCAGGUUUUUCUACAAAAACAUUUGGAGAAGUUGGGAUGAAGAAGAGGAGGAUGAGUAUGAUUAUUUUGUCCGAUGUGUUGAACCUCGACUGAGAUUGUAUUACGAUAUACUUGAAGAUCGAGUUCCCUCAGGACUUGUUGAUGACUACCACGAUCUUUUGUCUCAAUGUGAACAGAGUUACACCAAAUUUUUAAAUCUGAGAAGUAUUUUGACGAAUUCUAAUUCUAAUACUGCACAGGCAAAGUUCAUGGUGGAAGGGAUAAAUUUGUUUUCAGAUAUUGAAUACUUGAAACGGAAGUUAAAACUCAUUGAGAACCCUUUGUUGAGAUAUCUUUUCGGUUAUCCUAAGAACACUGUCAUCAAAGCCAAGGGCACUCGUCAAAAUGGCCAGAAGGUUACCCAUGUGGUUUCCUCCACCAUGAAGACAGGUCUACUACGGUCUCUGUUUAGGGACAGAUUUUGUGAGGAGUCUUGCAAAGAAGAAGAAACAGAAAUUCAGUUCCAUAGUGAUGUGUUGUCUGCUAUAAAUGCCUGCCAUGAGGGUGACACUGUUAUUAUCUGUCCUGGCCAUUAUGUGGUUCACGGUACCUGCUCCAUAGUUGACUCUAUUGAAUUGGAAGGAUAUGGUUUACCAGAUGAUAUUGUCAUAGAAAAGAAGGGCAAAGGAGAUACUUUUUUGGAUUGCACGGGUAUGGAAGUUAAAAUUUCAAGCAUAAAAUUUAUUCAGCAUGAUUCUGUGGAAGGAAUCUUAAGGAUUUGCCACGGCAAGACCACACUGGAGAACUGUGUACUGCAAUGUGAAACUACGGGAGUCACAGUACGCACAUCAGCAGAAUUUUUCAUGAAGAACUCAGAUGUAUAUGGUGCCAAGGGGGCCGGUAUAGAAAUAUAUCCUGGGAGUAAGUGUACACUGACUGACAACGAGAUCCAUCACUGCAAGGAAGGGAUUCUCGUUAAGGACUUCCUUGAUGAGUAUUGCGUUAUUCCCAAAAUUUCUAUGAUAAAUAACAUCAUACAUAACAAUGAAGGUUAUGGAGUUGUUUUGGUGAAGCCUACAGAUGUCUGCAACCUACAGGAAAAUGCCAAAGAUGAACUUAACAAUAAUACAAUCCAGGAAAAUAGAGAGGUGGAUGCCACUGAAGAAGGAUUAGAUUUGGAAGAAAGGCUUCAGGGUGUUGCUAACAAAAUGGAGCUUUCUGCCACAGAUGACAUUUCUGAACAAGCUAAGGGAAACUGUGAAACUAUAACCGAACUGCUUCCUACUUCCACGAAAAAAGGCCAGGUGAAGAAAAGAUUGAGCAAACCUGGGAUCAUAGAAGCUGAGGGCAACAUAACGUCAGAGGAGAUGUUUGUUGAAAUUACGGGAAACCAGUUUAAGCGAAAUGGCAAAGGGGGUUUUGGCAUAUUUCAUUACUCGGUACGAUGA